AUGAAGGACAAACCAAGGCCACAACCUGGAGACCUGAUUGAGAUUUUUCGAAUUGGCUAUGAGCACUGGGCCAUCUAUGUGGAAGAUGAUCAUGUGGUCCAUCUGGCUUCACCGAGUGAGGAAUUUGAGGCUGGUAGCAUCACCUCUGUGUUUAGUAACCGAGCCAUUGUGAAAUACAGUCGGCUGGAGGACGUGUUGCACGGCUGCUCCUGGAAGGUUAACAACAAGCUAGAUGGGACAUACCUUCCCCUGCCUGUGGACAAGAUCAUCCAGCGUGCCAAGACGAUGAUUAACAAGAUAGUGCAGUACAGCCUCAUUGAUGGAAACUGUGAGCACUUUGUCAAUGACCUCAGAUAUGGUGUGCCCAGGAGCCAGCAGGUCGAGCAUGCCUUAAUGGAAGGAGCAAAGGCUGCAGGAGCAGUUAUCUCUGCCAUGGUGGAUAGCAUAAGACCCAAACCAGUGACUGCCUGA